AGCAGCAGCAGCAGCAACCGCAGCCGCAACAACAGCUGCCACCGCAGCAGCAACCACAGCAGCAACCACAGCAGCAACCGCAGCAGCAACCGCAGCAGCAACCGCAGCCCCAGCCCCAGCCCCAGCAAUACUACCAAAACGCCAUGCCGUCGCUGCCUCCCUCGCUGCCCCCGUCGGCGCCGUCGGCGCCGUCGACGCCUGGGAAAAUGGGCCUGCCGGGACGGCCGCGCAACAAGCCGACCAUCAUGGACCCUCCGGGCGCCAAGAUGGACGGGCUGCCGGGCCGUUUCCCCUCGCCCACCGUCGACCACGCCACGCUCAACCCCAAGUUCGACGACGACCUGGCCAGGCUCACCUUUGCCAUGCACCAGUCGCUUCCGCAGGCAGUGCGUCGUGCUGUGCGCGACAACUGGGAGAAGUGCCUUAUCGGCAGUGAGUCGCACGUGGCGUUUCUUCUCAACGCGACGCUCCACAACGCGACGUCGUCAACGCUCAAACGCGCCAUCCGGGACUUUGGCUCUAAGCUCGUCAAGUCCAGCAUGACGGACCUUUUGGAGCAUUUGUCCCAAGCCGACAUCGAUAGUGUUUCUGACAUUAUCCUAGCCAAGGCCUCGCACGAGUUCCUUGACAAGGCACUUGAAAAACGCCUGCGCACCAUCGAGGCUAAGCCGCUCAUCAAUGCGCUCUGCCGCGCCGAGCGUUUGGGAUACGAGGCUGAUGAUGCUGAGGACGACGAAAAUUCUAGCCAGCCUGCUGGUACCCCAGUGCAACCUCCCAACUUCAUGCCAGGUCAUCCUGUCGGCCCACCUCAGACACCCAGCACGCCUGCGCCUCGACAAGAGGCUUCGUGGAACUGCAAUCUCUGCUACCGCCACUUUACCGUACAGUCGGCUUACGAAUAUCACACCUCCAAGACUGUUUGCACGCGUGUUCCGCCAAAUCCGGGAGGGUUCAAGCAGUGCUGCCGAUACUGUGGCCAGGGUUUCACCACUGCUGUCGGCCUGCAAUACCAUUUUAACAACAAGGUAUGUGGCGACUUCGGGCCUACACCCGCCCAUCAGAACAUGCCGAAGGGCUAUGCCGCUGGUGUUGCUGCCAGCUCGCCGCAGGUCCCGUCGCCCACGCCCCACAUGCCUUCCUCGGCCCACCAGGCCAAGUACGCGCCGAUGACCUCAACGCCGCCGUCGUCGGGCACGCCAAACCUGCUGGGCCGCACCGUCAGCGGCGCAGAUCCUUAUGCGCAUCUGACGGAUCACCAACGCCUAUCCCUCAACGAGGAACUCCGUCAAGCCGAGGUGCAGUUUGCCGAGCGCUUCAAGCAGGCCGACGCCAUCGUCGACCAUAACGAGCGCCGGACGAAACUAGACGGCCUGCGCAACAGCUUCGGCACCAAACAGUCUAUCAUUCGCAAAAAGUACGGUGUCAAGCUCAGAGAGCGCCGUACUAGGGCCGAGAUCGAGGCUGAGCGCCAGCGCAUGGGCAUUACCAACGAGAUGGACGGCAACGCGCCGUCGCCAAGCCACAGGCCCGGAGCGCCCACAAUAACACCAGUGCCCCUUACCCAGCAAAACGGCAUACCGGCAAUGGCAAAUGGAAAUAGGUUCUCCAGCGUCAACGUGCCCAUCAAGCGGGAGAUGCCCGACGACGGUCUCGGAGCCGCUGCUAGGGAGGCCUUCAAACGACCCAGGAUCGACGACGAUGGUUCUAACACCGCCAUGGCCUCGCCCAACGUGCCGAGCACGCAAGUCUCAUCGAUACAAGCCUCAUCAGCUCAAUCAGCCCUCACUCAGCAACACCAGGCAGGCGCACCCAUCGAGAUAUCUUCCAGCGCCGGCACCACCUCCCGAGGUGCGUCGGCGGCUAGCGACUUGAGCGGCACCCCCGAUUUAGCGGCGCAGAUCGAUGCCGAGACCGAAACUUAUACGGCCUGUUCGUUACCCCCGCCUCCCGAACCCAGCGGUUCUAUCCCCGAGAACUCCACGGCACAGGUCGGUGGCGACGAAGACGAAGACGGGACGGAGGAUGGAGAUGACGAUGAUGACGAUAACGACGACAUCCCCGCCGAGCUUCCGUCAAAUGUCAGGCAGAGCCUCGCCUCAUCAAACCGAAUGGGUUAGUACCGCAGGGUUUAGAGUAGAUGCUCGCCAUGGCGCACGGCGGCAAGGGCGCUUUGGGGAGUGGGAAUCUGCCAGCUGUGCGCCAUAUAUUGAGCAUCAGCCAGAUUAUGAGAAUUCAACAAAGUAGCAAGCCAGGAAGGAUGUUUUGUGUGGAGUUUUCUUUUCUUUUUUUUCGUCUUCGCCCUUCGGCUGUCGGAUGGGCCAUUCCCCAGCCCCAUUUGCUUUGCUCAACUCGGCCACGGUGAGCACGACUUGCAUGGGAGGUAGUAAUUGGUUGUUGCUUUGGGCCUAGUCUAGGAAUGGUUCUCCCUCGCACUUUUUGGGCAUUCUUCAUCUUGGACGUGGGUUUUCCUCUUUUCGAGAAGAUUUCUUGACACCUUUAGUGGUCACCCCGAUUCUCUCAUUCUAGCUCCUCUUACCCGGUUGCUAUGUUGGACUUGGCGUCCCUUCCCUCGAGGAGAGUUUUUUCCUGAGUGACUUUUCUUUUUCUUGGGAAACAGGAGAACAAAACUAAAUCAGAAAUCAUAAUACCCCUUGCUUACUAAUUACCUUCGUCCCUUAUCAUUGGUUGUUGUGUUUCACUGGAUUCUUUUUCAAGUCUAGUUGGGUCGCC